CUCUUGAUUGCCUGCUUGCCUGGCUGGCUGGCUGGGUACUUAGUAUGUACGUAGGUUGGAUACGUAUAUGAGUGACUGUACUUGCAUGUAUGUGUCCCUCGUUCGUAGAUGGGUAUAGUACUAGAAUAUCCACACACGGCUAGAUACAAAAGGUUGAAUACAUACACACAAUGUUCCGCCCACGCCACGAAAGUCCAGUCUGCGCUAAGAAGAAGAAGAAGAAGAACAAGAAAAAAAAAGAAAUGUAUAUGCAUGUCACCCAUGUCACGCACGCAUAUUCUCGACAUCAAAACACAACGGAAACAAAAAAACGAAAGAACGCAAGAACGAAAGAACGAAAGAACGAAAGAACGAAAGAACGAAAGAACGAAAGAACGAAAGAACGCAAGAACGAAAGAACGAAAGAACGCAAGAACGAAGAAGUAAGAAGUGACUUGUAAGUUAAGUUAAGUUAAGUGUAUGUAGACAGACUUAUUUCCCAUUUUUCCGUUUUUCUGUUAUUUUUUUUUUGGUUGGGAGGAGGGAGGGUGUUUCGAAAAACUGCUAUUGACUGAUUGACUGACUAGUUGUGCUGCCCUACGAUAUCCUACGAUAUCCUACGAUAUCCUACG